AUGGAAAACAGCCUCUACCAAGAUGUCCGUGCAGCUGCGGCCAGCCAAGAGCAAGAUCAUAUCGAGAAUUCUAGUGGCUACGAUGCAUAUGUUGCGGAUUUUGCGAAGUUUGGUGCAGAGAACCCAAAUCCGAUUGACGACUUGGAGAUGCGCACAUAUACAAUGUCCGCACCAUGCAGCUCCAGGUGA